AUGAUUACAUCAUUAGGUCACCAUAAAAUAGUCAUCACUAUAUCUAUCGAUAUUCCUUCUCUUUACAUUAAUUUGAUAAGUUUAAUUCUAAUUUCUCUAUUGAAUAUUCAAGUCUAAGCUAAAUCAUUAGUGUAUUCUCAUUUUUUUGGGAAUUUUGUUUACGAAAAUGAUUGGAUUGUUUAAAAUGGAGUUGGAGUUGUAAGUAAUUGUGGAACUUCAUAAAUAUUUGGUGGAUAUAAUAACUUUAAUUCUCAUACAAAUAUUAUCAAAAAUGUUAUGUUGCCAACUCAUGAAGCUAUCUCAUUAAAUUUCCGAUUUUGGGAUAUUGAUAAUUGGGGAAAUGAAAAAAUGGAAGUAAUGGUAAAUGAUCGUUUGGUUUUCACUGGUUAUUACAAUUCUGAAUGUACUAAAUCUAGUAUUUGUGGUACUCCAGGCCAUUGUUGGGGUGAUGAUAUCUUGAUCAUUCGAGUAAAUUCGCUUCAAUAAAAAUUAUUGGGAUAUGAAUCUUAUUGGGGAAUAUCUGAUUUUUAAUUAUGGGCAGAUCAAAAAAAUUAUAUUCUUAGUGAUGUUGAUGAUUGUUUUCAUGGUUGUAGCAAUUGUAUUAGUGAUAAGUGUGUUGAGUGUUUAAAAGAAUGGGAAUAUGAUAUAAUAUAAUAAACAUGCAUUCCUUUAUGCGGAGACUAAAUAAUUGUAGAGAAUGAAGAAUGUGAUGAUGGGAAUGAAGAAGAACAUGAUGGUUGUUUUCAAUGUAAAUUUUCUUGCCCAUUAUUUUGUAAAUAAUGUAAAUUUGGUUAAUGCUUCUAAUGCCAGUCAAAUUACAAUUUAAUUGAUCAAACAUGCAAAGAAACAAAUCAAAUUUAAGGUUAAACAUCAUAAGACAAAAUUUCAAUUUAGAUUUCUAACUUUUUAGAUUAUGGCAAUUAUUAUCACAAAUUAUUACAUGAUUAAUUUGCUAAUCCUUUACCAAUCUAUAAUUUUGAUUGUAAUUUGUAAACAUAUGAUAUAUUUGGAUAUUAUUAUCAUCAAUGUGAAACAAAAUUAAUAUAAAAUUGUUUACUUAGUCAAAUGAAGAUUUGUCUGGAAUGCGAAAACUUUUAUAAGCUAUCUUGGAAUAAGAAAGCAUGUAUUCCUAAAUGCGAGGAUGGAAUUACGGUUCAAUAUGAGUUUUGUGAUGAUUAGAAUAAUAUAUAAUUUGAUGGAUGUUACAAAUGCUAAACAAGUUGCUAAUUAGAAUGUAAAGAAUGUAUAGAAUAAUAAUGCUACGUAUGUAUUGAUGGAUGGUAAAUUAUAGAUAAUAAAUGUUAUCAAAUUUGUGGAGAUGGUUUAUUAGCUAUUUCUUCUAGAGAAUAAUGUGACGAUGGAAACUAUAAUCCUAAUGAUGGAUGUUAUGAUUGUAAAUUUAUAUGCGAUCAAAACUGUUUCUAAUGUUCUACUUCUAAUCUUUGUUUUUUAUGUUUUGAAAAUUUCGAAAUGGAUGAGAAUAAUUUAUGUAAACCAAUAUGUGGCGAUGGAAUCAUUGUGUAAGGAUUAGAGGAAUGUGAAGAUUUUAAUGAUAUUCCAUAUGAUGGUUGUUAUUUAUGUAUGUUUUAAUGUGAAGUUAAUUGUUCUAAAUGUUUGUAAGGUAUUUGUUAAGAAUGUGAUGAAGGAUAUGAUUUACUCGUAGAAGGAUGCAAAAAAAUAAUCAUUGCUAAUGAAAUUGAUGAUUUAGAUUUAUAAAAUAAAACAUUAUCAUGUGGAAAUGGUAAAUUAUCAAAUACAGAAUAGUGUGAUGAUGGAAAUCAAGAAAAUUAUGAUGGAUGUUCCAGUGGUUGUGAUAUAGAGGAACAUUGGAUUUGUAAUUUAGAAUAACCAAGUUAAUGCUUUUUAGAAACUAAUUCUAACUUGAUAUCUUAAAAUCAAACAGAAGGUCAUUAAUUUGUGUUAUUGUAGUUUUCUAAUCAAGUCAAAUAGAGUUCAAAAUUUAAUUUUACUGAAUCAAUCUUAUCAUAGAUAAUCAAUUUAAGUCAAGAUCAAUAUCAAAUCUCUAUAAAUUCAAUAGUGGAAGUUGAUGAGACUUAGUUUGCAAUGGCAGAAUAUGAAUUUGAAAUCUUAUUUUUAAAUCCUAUCUCAAUUUUACCAAAUUUAUCGAUCUCAAUUAAAUCAAAUUUAAUUGAUAGCAAUAAUAUGACAGUAGAUGUUUCAACUUAGACAAUUUUACUUUAACGGCCUGAAAUUUUAAAUUAGGAAUAAAUUAAUGUUGCCAAUAAAUUUUAAGCCCUUGGGAAUGAAUUAAUGAUAGGAUUAGGAGCUAUAAGCGUAUUUAUGUUAUUUUUUGGAAAUCCAUGA